AUGAAGUUCCUUACAUCCCUUUUCUUGCUGGCUACCUCCGUCAUCGCAGCUCCCGUCGCUUCCGCGAAGGAGUCCAAGCACUUCCACCUGAAGUCUACCGGCGCCACCAAUAACAAUCACAACAACCUAUAUGUCUACGCCUACCACACGGGCGCAGGUCUCAACGAUGCAGUUCUCAGCAAGGAUGCUAGUAUAGCCAGUUCUGUCUAUCUUAACGGGACAAACGCACUCUUCGAUUUGAAGACCGAAUUCCCUUGGGGAAUGAUCGCCACCGGAGACACCAACUAUGCCUCUUGGGAGCCUAUUGUUAUCAACGCCGGCAGUGGCGGUAGCGCAGGAUACUCCAUCAAAGGCGACAACUUCCAAUGGUCGGAACAGAACGGCUUCGGUGGUUGGCUCGUCUGUGAUUGGUUCCACAAUGCGCCCCAGCUAUUCUACUUGAACCGAUACUACGAAGCCGUUAUCCCUUCCUCCUGCUCCAAGGUCCAGUUGAAGGUCGAAUACGUCUAG